GAGUAAUUUUGUGUAUAGAGAGGACGUGAAAGGUAGCAUAAAGGCGGAUUUUACUCCAUAAUUGGCUGCUGAAAGGUCCAUCUGAAUAAAAAAAAUAGCUGGCAUGCCGAAAUGUAAAUUGCUCUGUUAUGGUGGUGCUAUUUAUUUGGUCCAUGAAUCUAUCUACUAGUACACGUUGAAAGGUGUUAUCAAUUGUAUAGGACUUCCUUCGUGUAUGGUGUCAAUUUCCGAGCAAGCAGUGACAUAGUGCAAAAACACACCAAACCCAGUGGUGGCAAGAUUGGAUGUGACCCAGACUGGUUGUCAAGAGAAGUUUUUUUUUAAUCAUUUGGUGCUCAUUUGGCAAAGGAUUGUUGUAGGCUUCCUUUGCUUUUCAUCUACCCUGAGCAGUGAUUUCAGGGAAUGCAGUUGUUCAACAUGAAGAAGACCAGAUUUACUUGGAUUUGUUUGCUUGUGUUCCUUCUAUACUUUAUUGGUAUUUCGACAGGACUUAAGUUCCUAGGGAGUUACAACUGCUAUGCACGCUAUGACAUGUGGAACGCUACCACCAAUGGGUCCCUCAGUUUCCAGUUCAGAACGACAAACAAGGAAGGUCUACUUGCUUAUAUGGAUGAUGGGGGACAGUAUGACUUUUUAGAGCUUAAAAUCACCAAAGGCCAUGUGAGGCUUCGGUUUCGUAUUGGUGACAGUGCACAGACUAUCAUGUUAGGAGCCGAGUUGAAUGAUGAUAAUUGGCACACAGUGGAAGUGAUCCGAGACUUCCAGAAAACUAUGCUGACAGUUGAUUCUUCUACAAAAUCAGGCUCUUCCAGUGACAAAGAUGAAAGCACACUGACGAGUAAAAGUGAUCUGUUUUUUGGUGGAAUUUUACGAGAUAAGCUCCUGACAUCGCUUGCAUUGCCAUCAGUUAUGUUCGAUACACGUUUUGUAGGCCACAUUCGGAAUAUCCGAUAUGGAUUAGGAAGGGGGCGAUGGAGAAAUCCUGAAUUAAUUUCAUCAGAGGGCGUGGAGCAGCAUUCCUCGGAUGUGUGCUCAGGAAAAGAUUCAAAUCCAUGUUUACAUGACGGAGUUUGCAGUAGUAGUGAUUCUGGUGCAACCUGCGAUUGCAAGGGAACUGGAUACGAAGGUGAAUUCUGCAAUGUCGCCGCUUCAGUUGAGGACGAAGUUUCUAGCAGCAGCCUUGCGUCAUUUGAUGGUAGCUCCUAUUUCACCUAUGACCUCUCGAAGAAAGGAAUACAGACUCAGGAAGAUGUGAUUCAGUUUGAAUUCCGUACACAAAAUCCGAAUGGUCUUAUCCUCCAAACUGGAAAUAUUAACGACUAUGUGUUUUUUGGUUUGGAAGAUGGGAUGAUCGCCUUUGCUAUUAACUUGGGAUCUGGUCCUUAUGCUGAGGUUAUUACGAGCAAGAACUUCAAUGACAAUAAGUGGCAUAAAGUAGUAAUGACCAGAAAGAGACAGCAGUUUACCUCCAAAAAUCUAUUCUAUGUUGGCGGUGCACCAACACCCAAAAACCUGCCUGGAUCUAGCAUCAACAGUAAUUUCAUUGGCUGUUUAAGAGAGAUUUCCUACUCGAGCAGUACACUAACACUGGAACUUUCAUCAUUGGCCAAGAGGAGCGAUCCAUAUAUUUCACUUGUUGGAAACAUUCCAUUCACCUGUAAGGACCCAGAUCAACUGGAGCCAAUCACGUUCACCACAGAGAAGGCAUAUUUGGAAGUUAACAAGUGGGAAGCGAAGAUUUCUGGUUCUUUAUCGUACCGAUUUCGUACAAAUGAACCCAAUGGCGUCUUGAUGUACAAUAAUGGAGCCCAAGCCAUGUCUGAUUUCUUUGCCAUGGAAUUGCGUGAUGGAUACCUGACAAUGGUGUUGGAUUUAGGAUCAGGUGCAAUCAACGUCAAAUGCCAUCCCAACAGAAUGGAUGAUGGGGAAUGGCAUUUUGUGAAAGUUAAUAAGAACAAGAAGCGAGGCACAGUAGAGGUUGAUGAAGACACCAUGCCAUUUGUUCUCGGUGGACAGAAUAAGCAGCUGGAUUUAGAAGGCAGUUUAUUUAUUGGUGGUAUUGAUUCUGGGUCCAAUUCUAUGUUGCUUCCACGUGAAAUAUGGUCUGGUAUGCUAGGAUUUGGAUUUGUGGGCUGCAUGCGUGAUUUAGUAAUGAAUGGAGUCCCUGUGGAUCUUGCGGAAAUUGCUCGUACCACAGCAGCACUGGAUGUAGGAGUUUACUGCAGUGCACAACCUGCUAAGUGCAAUAGUGAUCCUUGUCUGAACAUGGGUGUCUGUAGUGAGGGAUGGAAUCGCUUUAUCUGCGACUGUUCCGCAACAGGUUUUGUUGGUACCACUUGCAGCGAAGAUGCUGUUACGUUAAGUUUUGAUGGCACACAGUAUCUACGUGUGGGGUUCGAAAAUGAGGAGUUAUCUGAUCGUGAAGAUGUCCGCUUGCGAUUCAAGACAAAACGAGCAUAUGGAAUACUGAUGUCCACCGUGGCGACAAAUGGAAUUGAUACUUUGAUGUUAGAGUUGGAUUCUGGAAGAGUCAAGCUGACCUUAAAUCUGGGUGCUGGUUCCAUAGAAUUAUUUUCGGGUAUUGGUCUAAAUGACAUGCAAUGGCAUACUGUUAAAAUAGAAAGAACGUUACAGCAUGUUAAAAUGUGGAUAGAUGAAGAGGAAGUCAUUGAAGGCAACACGGAUGGCACUAAUGACGUCUUGGAGUUCUAUUCCAUUGAGAUUGGAGCACUUUCAGAUUCUGCAAAGGCUAACAUGCUUGUUACACCUUCUAACUUCCUCGGCCACAUGGAGCAGUUCGUUCUCAACAAUCAACACUUCUUUGAGAUGGCUAAUGAAGGUGUUGGAAAUAUUGAGUAUACAGCCGACUUUGAUGAUAUGGAUAAACAGAUCAUCAGUGAGCCAGUGACAUUUAAGACCAGAGAUGCUUACGUAGUUCUGUCUCCUCCGAAGACGUACCCAGAUCUUAAUCUGUUCUUUCAGUUCAAAACCGUAGAAGCAGAUGGACUUAUUCUCUUUAAUGAUGGCGAUGGCAAUGACUUUAUGGGUGUAGAAUUAGUUGAUGGAUAUAUACACUAUGUGUACAAUACAGGUGAUAAAACCAGUGUUAUGAUUGCUAACACUGUCACCAGACUUAACAACAAUGCCUGGCAUGAAGUCAGCGUUACACGAGACAAUAGGGAUCGCCUCGUCUUGAAAGUAGAUGAUGCUACAACAAAAGCACAGUCGUCUAGUGGUCCCAGGCAUAUAGACCUGACGGAAAAUAUGCGAGUGGGUGGAGUGGAGAGAGAGAUGUAUGACAUACUGCCUGAGAUGGUCGAAUCAAAAAAUGGUUUCUUAGGUUGUAUGGCAUCACUGGAUCUGAAUGGAAAAGUGCCGGACUUGAUCAAUGAUGCUUUGAAUGGGAUGACUGACUCUGUUGUACAAGGAUGUGAAGGACCAAGUCAGACCUGCAGUGCUGAUUCCUGUCUGAACCAAGGUAUCUGUAAUCAGCUGUGGGACUCCUACACAUGUGACUGUGACAUGACAACCUUCACCGGAUCCAUGUGUGAAAUUAGAGGGACUAAAGCUGAUUUUAGCAACAAUGGUGGACUUAUCACUUUUACUUAUCCAGAACGUAGUCGACCAACGACAUACUCUGAUAGAUUGGCAAUCGGUUUCCGUACCAAAUCAUCAGACGCCGUUCUAGCUAGAAUUGACAGCUCAUCAUCUGAUGAUUAUAUUGAAGUAGAAAUUGAGGAGGGAAACUUAUUCGUGGUUUACAAUGUAGGAACAGACGAUCAUCCAAUAGGAAGGGUGCUUAAGAAAGUCAACGAUGGUAAAUAUCACGUAAUGAGAUUCCAUCGCAUAGGACAGAAUGCCACCCUCCAAUUGGAUGAUGAACCAGUUCGAGAAAUGUUUCCCGCAGGUGAUCAAAGCAAGGUUUUUAAUGAUCAAACUUUUGUAAAACUUGGUGCCAGAGGACAAGUAAAGAAUAGAGAGAGACGUGAUCUUGAUCGCAAAUACGUUGGAUUGAUGCAAGGAGUAUUCUACAAUGAUAUCAAAGUGCUAGAUAAGGGUGUCGCAAGAGACUCUUCUGUCACAGUGGAAGGAGAUGUCGCAUUGAGGCAAUCUUCCCAGCCAGGUGUUAAAACCACUCCUAGCUCCCCCAAAGCUUCCUCUCCAGUCAUGACCACUCAAAUGAAAGCGCUGACACCAGCAAAGCCUGUCUUUACGUCUUCUGCACCUUAUGUAACUACACCACCUAAUCUACUAACACAGCAGCCUACUAAAGUUGCAAGUACAGUACCAACGUCUAUGCCAACCACUGCUUCAAGUACAACUACUGUUAAACAGAGUACUACAAUUGCCCCCAUCUCUACUUCAAAAUAUGCAAAUAAACCUAUGACAACUGAGCCUGAUGUUACCCUUACAAAUACCACUUACUCUACCAUUGCCGUAACAACCUUCACUAUCACCACCACCCAGUCAGCUACGACCACUCUUGAAUCUGAGCCUGUUGGUCCUGGGGAGCCUGGUGUUGAGACCACCACAGAUGACAUCUAUAUAGAAAUUGGCUCAGGAUGUAAUAGCGAUGAUGAAGAUGACUGUGAUAUGUCUGGGUCAGGUGAGAUUCCUAAGCCUGUUGGCCCCAGCGUAGGUAGAACAACUACAAUGGCAGGAGUUACUGAACCAAAAACCACUGUACCAGCAAUGAUGACUACCAAAGCUAGGAUGACCACAGUGAAAAGCACUGCUCAGCCAACUACACGGGCUCCACCGAAAAUGACAACACCAAUGGUUAUAGAUCAAGCAACAACACUGGAACCUAUGAUACCGGAAGGAUCCGGUGUGAAGUGUGAAGGAACUGAUGAUGAAGAUUGUGAAACAGAUGAAUCUGGAUCAGGAGAGAUACCCAUACCCAUGGAGCCAACAACCAAAUCUAUGAUGGUAGAAAUCACAAAAAUGACAGAAUCACCACUCACACAGCCAAUGAAAAGCAAGACAACACAAGCAGUGAUGCCACCUAGCUCUACAACAAUGGUUCCAGAAAAAGGCAUUACAACUACGGCGAUGAUGACGGACAUAAAAAUUGAAUUAACAACAUUAAAACCAAUGACCAAUGUAACUAAAAAAAUGCAACCAAUUGAAACCAACAAACAGACUGAAAAACCACCAAGUUCUAAACCUACACAAACUACCGCUGCUGAAGAAGGAAUUGCUGGUCCUAUAGCAGAGUCCAGUAAAAACGCUGGGCAGACUGCCAUGGUUAUUGGUAUUGUUGCUGCCGUUUGCAUAGCAGUGCUCAUUCUUCUCUAUGCUAUUUACAAAUAUCGUAACCGAAACGAAGGUUCAUACCGGAUUGAUGAAAGCCGCAACUACAGCUAUGGUGCACCCAACAAUACAGUUGUGAUGCCAAAUGCUAAUGGUGCACUUUAUAAUGGCAAAGAUGGAAUCAAUAAACCACUGAUGAAAAAACAAGAUUCCCGCGAGUGGUAUGUGUGAGCAUCUCAGAUUUUUACACCAUGCAACAAUAGUUUAGAACAGUAUAUUUACAUGUAACAACAACCGGGCUGAAGAGACCAGAUAUGUUCACUAUCAUACAAACUGCUCAUAUAACUGUAUAUAAUUAUUUUUUCUUAUGCAUUUAAGGAAGACAGUGAAAAAGAGAAUGUUGUUGACCAAGAUUCCAGUAUUUUUAUUUUAAAAUUAUGUGCCAAGAUAUCUGUUGCUCUUUUUUUUCUUGGCAUGAAAAUUUAGUUUAAAAAUGAAUGGACACUAAUAUUUUAUUUCAUGUUGUAUUUUUGCCCAUACAAAAACAAAAAGCUUGUUGUCUCAAGGUGGCCUUGAAACGUAAUGUCCUAAUACAUGUAAUAACAGACAGGAGUCAACCAUAUCAUAUCAUACCAUACAUGAUGUCUGUUAUUUUGUCUUAGAUUUGUAUUGUUCAUACUACGAUAAUUCUGUUGCAUUUGCUCUUAGUGUAUCUUAAUCCAAAUGUGAUUGACGAGUUUUUUUGUUUGUUUUUAUAAAGUAAGUAAGUAACGCAUUUGUUAUUUAAUUAAUACUGUGGGAAUGGGAGGGUGAAACAAACAAAAUAAAGAAGGGAAAUUGUACGUUUUUAUAAUUAUUGUAACAUAUUAUGUAAUAUUUCUUAAUAAUAUUCCCACCAUUGGCUUUUUAUUAUGCAUUUUGUUUUUAUUACCCAAAGUUAACUUGGUGGACCUGACUUGUAUUGUAGCGACUUGCUCCAAUACUAAGAUUGAAGCACUUUUUAUAUGCCUUUUUUUGAGAAAAAAACAAACGAGCUGAUGUUUUGUGACAUAAAACAUCAGAAUUCUUACACCUAUUCAGUAUUUAGCUUAUGUAUGGAAAAAAGUUUAAUUCUGUUUCUGAUUGAGUUUGUUUAAUUAUGCAGUCGCUUACCACUCAUUUCAAUUUUUCAGCAGUUAUUUUUGAUAUACCAUAGCCCACUGCCACUAAAUCCAUGCAUCAGUCAUUGUUUGCCACUAAAUCCAUGCAUCAGUCAUUGUUUGCCCCAACAUAUAUGGCCAUAAUUUUUUCAAAUUCGUAUUGGCAAUGAAAUAUAUAGGCAAUGCAUUUUUUUUUAACUCUAUCUCGUACCUCAUUUGACUGAUGAUUCGUAUACACAACUUGCCUGAACUUAUCGAAUCACUGAAAUACAAUUACAGCCACUCUCUUCACAAAUGUCAUUGGUCAAGCGACUCUUAAUCCAACUCAGUAUAUAUUUUUGUUUUUAAUACUAAAUAAAAACUGGUAACCAAACAAAUAAUUGUAUUUCACUUUAGCAUCAAAAAUAGUUUACAAUAAUAUCACCAUGGUUACAGAGUACAGGUAUUAUAUCUCAAUGUAAUGAAAAAUCGUAAAUCCUAAAAGUCAUUAUUAUUGUUAUUAUUUUUGUCUUUAAAAUAAAAAAAAGAAAUAAAAAUACUGA